CUGCCCUUCCGGUUCCGUUGGGUCCCCCUUUGGCUCGGGUUCCGCGCCCCUCCCCCUUCCCGGAGCCCCGAGGGGCCGGAGCUCCUGGCGGUGCGGGAUCCUGGAGGCGCCUUCCCCCGGGUCUGCCAAAAUGUCUGAAAGAUCAGAUCUCCUUCACUUCAAGUUUGAAAAUUAUGGAGAUUCAAUGUUACAAAAAAUGAACAAAUUAAGAGAAGAGAAUAAAUUUUGUGAUGUUACAGUUCUCAUAGAUGAUAUUGAGGUACAGGGGCAUAAAAUUGUGUUCGCUGCAGGUUCCCCCUUCUUAAGAGACCAGUUUUUACUGAAUGAUUCCCGAGAGGUGAAAAUCUCCAUAUUACAGAGUUCCGAAGUGGGGAGACAAUUGCUCUUAUCCUGUUAUAGUGGUGUGCUGGAAUUCCCAGAGAUGGAGCUGGUAAAUUACUUGACUGCGGCGAGUUUUCUUCAGAUGAGCCACAUUGUAGAGCGGUGCACGCAGGCCUUGUGGAAGUUUAUAAAGCCAAAACAGCCAAUGGAUAGUAAAGAGGGAUGUGAACCACAGAGUGCUUCUCCCCAGUCAAAAGAACAGCAGGGAGAUGCCAGAGACUCCCCAAAGCAGGACUCACCUUGUAUUCAUCCAUCUGAAGACAGUAUGGAUAUGGAGGACAGUGAUAUUCAGAUUGUUAAGGUAGAAUCUAUUGGGGAUGUGUCCGAGGUUAGAAGUAAAAAAGAUCAGAACCAGUUUAUUUCUUCUGAACCCACUGCUUUACACUCAUCAGAGCCCCAGCACUCCCUGAUAAAUUCAACUGUGGAAAACAGAGUCAGUGAAAUAGAACAAAACCAUCUCCACAAUUAUGCCCUCUCUUACACAGGCAGUGAUAACAUCAUCAUGGCCUCAAAAGAUGUCUUUGGGCCUAAUAUUCGAGGUGUAGACAAAGGCCUCCAGUGGCAUCACCAGUGCCCAAAGUGUACCAGGGUGUUUCGUCACCUGGAGAACUACGCCAACCACUUAAAAAUGCACAAACUCUUUAUGUGUCUACUCUGCGGCAAGACUUUUACCCAGAAAGGCAACCUUCAUCGACACAUGCGUGUGCAUGCCGGCAUUAAACCUUUCCAGUGUAAGAUCUGUGGCAAAACCUUUUCUCAGAAGUGUUCCUUACAGGAUCAUCUUAACCUUCACAGUGGAGAUAAGCCCCAUAAGUGUAACUAUUGUGAUAUGGUUUUUGCACAUAAGCCAGUUUUGAGGAAACACCUUAAGCAGCUGCAUGGCAAAAACAGCUUUGAUAAUGCCAAUGAAAGAAAUGUGCAAGACCUCACAGUGGAUUUUGAUUCUUUUGCAUGUACAACAGUUACAGACUCGAAAGGGUGUCAGCCACAGCCUGAUGCGACACAGGUCCUGGAUGCAGGUAAACUGGCCCAAGCUGUCCUGAACUUAAGGAAUGAUAGUACUUGUGUGAAUUGAGUAGGGGCUUUACGCUCACGCUAGAACUGACUGAAAUCGUGGCACUAGUUGGAAUGAUUAGGAGUGAUUUUGCUAGUUUGACUUGUCCAAAGCCGCUGAGCAGGCGGUAGUGGUGAGUCAAAGCACUAAUAGACCAGGCAACUUGCCACUAGGAGUGGUCUUGCCUUCUUUUGCCCUUUCCCGGUUUGUUUUGAAUUAUUUAUCCUUGGAUGUCAGUUUUCCUUUCCCAGCGAGUAUUCCAUUUGUCUACCUAACAUUGACUUGAUAUGUGAGACUGGCACUAUUUUAGGCUUUUCACCUGGCACAUUCGAAAGUGGAGUUUGCAACAAGCUGAUUAACCUGACCUAUUUUUCCAUUCAUAGGUGUGAUACUAAAAGAAGUGAAUAAUAUUUUUUCCUUGGCAAAAACAAAAAAAAAUGGCUAAGAGAAAAGGUGAAAUUGCUGUUGGGAUCGAAUAUGUGGUAGAACUUUUUGGUUGCCUACUGAUAAUUCAGCUGUCUUAUUAAUGAUUGAAUCUGCUUUCUGUCAUUUGCACUGCUCUGGGAGAUAAAGUAUUUUGGGCUGUCCUGCACUCUUUUCAACAGUAUUUAGGGCCCAACUUCAUUUCACUGGCUGUGAAAUGAGUGAAUUACUUCUCACUGUGCAGUGGUGGUCUUUUUGGCAGCACGUGCAGGCAGAUUGAUGUUAAGGGUCAGCAAAAGGACUUGUUACCAAGAAAGAACAGACGUUCAGUGAGACAACACUAACCUAAGGUUUCCUAAAAAGAAGCCACAUGCUUGCAAUAUGUGUGUAGGUUACUUGCUGCUGCCUUUGAAGUCAGGAUUAUUCUAAAGUACUCAAGUAUUAUGACGCUAAAGUAUGGUGAUUUCUCUAAAAGGAGGCUAUUUGGAACCUCUGAACUUUCAGGAUUUUGCCAUGUGCUAGGUUAGGUGGGUCCUCAGAGUGUUCUCCAAUGUUUGUAAUAGUCUCUCGCUUCUUAUUUCUUUGUGUACCUUCAUUUCUGAAAUGGAUGAGAAAAAAAUGGGUCACAAAAGAGCAGUUAGGCGUUUUUCUUUCUUAUUCCUGUAAGUGCACAGUUCCGCCUUUGAUAGUUUGCUCACUCAAAAUUGAUCUUCCAAUAUGGAAAAACAAAAUGAUUUUAUUUCCUGGAAGCACAUACUACAAUUCAGAAAUAAAAUUCUGAGUCUUGUUUUUUUUUUUUUCUAACCCAUGAGUUAGAUUUAGGUGAUGCAAGUGUUAGAAUCUUUAGAGGAUUGGAAGAGACCAUCAGCUUGAUCUCUUUCAAGUUGUUAUAUUAAAAGGCCAAAGAGUGGUGGCCUGGCCAGGUUGGCCAAAGUAGAUAAUGUGACUAAACAAGAGCUAGUAUCUCCUCACUUACCCCUUGGCUUAAAAUCCUUGAGUACAGAAUAAAGAUUAAUACAUUAGGCAAAAAAUUCCAAGUUUGUAUCUUUGUGAAUCCCCGUUGGCUUUCAGAGACAGCCUGGAUUUUGCAAACAAAAUAUCACAGAAUUCAUUUAUGUUAGUUAUUUGGGGUUAGACUGAGUAUUCUUCCUAAGCCGGUGACUGAUUUCCUGGUUGUUAGUCAGGGAGGGAGAGGACAAGAAAGAAUAACGUGAGAAGGAGCGAACUGUGAAACUGAUUUUUUUUUGCUGUAGUAAACAAUAGUUUCCAUCAGGAUUUUGUUUCUAUUUUUGAACGAUGAGAGUGCAUAUACAAAUAAACCAAAAAUUAGGUUUCAACUUGGGGAGGCGGAGUAAAUUUGUAAAUUUGUUAUUUGAUGCACUUAAAUGUGAAUCUCCUUUCAGGUAUAAAGUCUGCCUUUUGUUACCAUGUGUAAACUGAGAUUACCAUAGAGUGAUAAGACUGAAUAGGUAUCUUAUGUGUAAUCCACUUAUUAUGUGGUCUAAAGAUGCUUCCUAGCAUUUUAAUUAUCAUGAUCCAGCCAAAGAGUACCAACUCUAUGCAACAGCGUGAUGCUACCAUGUUAACCAAUGCUUAUUUUCUGAGUGUCAUUUCAUCAUAGGCAAGUAUCAAGUUGAAAUGCUUCAUUUGCUUACAUUCAUGUCUUGUUUUUGUGACUGGCUUAAAGAGUCAAGGGAGACUGGUGUUCAAAUCCGAUUGGUCUCUUUGGUUGGACACUGUUUAAUGGGUCCUGUCAGCCACUCAGUGGUCAGGCCCCUUCUGUGGUCAGGUACUAUGUUAGAUACUGAGGAUAUGAAGGUAAGGCUACCAUGGCCCCUGCCCUCCUGAAGUUUACAGUCCCAUGUGAUCUUAGUGCGAUAUACUCUGUUAACUCUGAUAUUAUAUUUGAAGUCAUGAAGAAAACUGCCUUGCUCGCUUGUAUCAGAGUCAGCUUUUUGAUGGUUUUGUACCAGUAAAAUUUGUAGUGGUUACCUUUCGCAACUGCUGACCACCUAGUCUCCUCCGCUUCUUGGCUGGAGGAGGGUUCUGUUUCUGUGAGACAUGUUCUGAAUUUUAGUUGGACUUGACUCUUCUCCUUCUUGGUUUCUACAUGUUUCUUAGACUAUCGCAAAGUGCUCAAGUUGCUGGUAACAGGUUUAUAGGGGAAGAUGACUCAAAUCUAGUUAUGUUCCUGUAGAAAAGGAAGAUAUAUUUUUUUAACUUUAGUUAUUUGACAUCUGUAUUUGGAUUCACAGGAUAACUCUAAAGGAGAAAGCACUCUCUGCCAUAGUUUUUUUUUUUUUAAUUACUGUCACAGUUAUUAUUUCAUUUAAAAGAUACACUCCACACUGGUUUUGUUUUAGUUUAUUAGAAGAUCUAUAAAUGGAAGUGAAUGGUGUCACUACUUCUGAAAUAUUGUCCUAAAUAACCCAGAUCAUUUUAUUUCAGCUUUUGAAUAGCUGUUUUAAAUCUGUUGUAUGUUAGACAUACUAUGAACUACCUCUUCACUUAUUAUGGGGAAGUUUCCUUAAUAAAAGUGUGAUGAUUUAA